AUGCCAUCCUACAGGUCCUUCCACGAGGCGGAGGGCUGCCCCUUCGCGGGGCUCAGAGACACGGGCCGCAAGGUGUCCGUAAACCGCUUCCUGCCGCCCGUUAAGCCACAGGACAUCAUUUGCAUCGGCCUGAACUACCGCGCCCACGCGGACGAGCUGAAGCUCCCGUACCCCAAGAACCCAGUGGUGUUCAUGAAGCCCACCAGCUGCGCGGCGGGCCACGGGCAUCCCAUCGUGGCCCCGCGGGUGUCGGAGAAGAUGGACUACGAGGUGGAGCUUGCCGUGGUCAUCGGCCGCGAGUGCAAGGAUGUCACGCCAGAAGAGGCCAUGGACUACGUGCUGGGGUACACCUGCGCCAAUGACCUUUCCACCCGCGACUGGCAGAAAUUGCCGGAGCUCUCUGGAAGCCAAUGGUGCAGAUCCAAGAGCUUCGAUGGGUUCGCGCCUCUGGGGCCAGUGCUGGCCACCAAGGAGGAGAUUCCGGACCCGGGCGCCCUCCGAGUGCAGACGUUUGUGAACGGCGUGCAGAUGCAGGACUCCACCACAAGAGACCUCAUCUUCUCCGUGCCUGAGAUCAUCAGUUUCCUCUCUAUGGGCUCGAGGCUGCAGCCCGGCACUGUGAUCCUCACAGGGACGCCCUUCGGCGUGGCGGAGGGCCGGAGCCCGCAGCCUUGGCUGAAGCCGGGCGACCGCGUUGCGGUGGAGGUAGAGGGCAUUGGCCGCCUGGAAAAUACGAUCGUAGCCGACAGUUCCAGCGCGCGGUGCUUCCAUGUGCCAAAGCUGUGA